AGCGUUACGUUUUUAUGUGUCUGAUGCCGCAAGCCAAGUCAGAAUGUAGGUAGUGGUGGUAGGCUACGCGGGUAAAAAGGUUUAGGAACUGCUGAUGAAAAACGAGAUUUAGCCUCAAGUAAAGUAACACGCCGCAUUCUCUGGCAGUAACGAUGGAUCCUAAGCUCCUGCUGUUGGCCCUGCUGGGAGUGUUUUCUCUGAGUCGAGCUCAACUCGAGAAGAAGGAGUGCAUCAGUGCUACGUCCUGUGGAGCAUGUAUCCAGCUUGGAGAGAAGUGCGGCUGGUGCACGGGCUCAUACUUCCCACGUUGUUAUGAGCUGCGCAUCCUGACCCCGUGGUGGAGAUGUGAUAACAUCGAGAACCCCCGAGGAUCUCUGCAGAUCACACAGAACAAGAAGGUGACCGACCGCAAGGACAAGGACAAGGCAGAGAAACUGAAACCUGACGAGAUCACCCAGAUCCAGCCGCAGAAACUCAGCCUCAAUCUGAGAUCAGGAGAGGCUCAGAAGUUCUGGCUGAAGUUCAGACACGCUGUGGACUCCCCUCUGCUGUCUGAGGUGAUCCUGGAGAACAGUAAGCUUCCUGAGGACGUGUCCAUCGCCUACGUCUCCCACUGCAAGAAUGGAGUGGACUAUACUGGGGAGGACGGACGCAAGUGCUCCAACAUCUCCAUCGGAGACGAGGUGACGUUUGAUGUGGCCAUCACGUCUAAGGGUUGCCCGUCCAACAAGACGGAGACGGUGAGGAUCAAGAUGCAGGGCUUGACUGAGGAGGUGGAGGUGCAGCUCAACUUCAUCUGCGAGUGUGACUGCCACAAUAAGGGCGUCAAAAACAGCCCAGCGUGCGCAGGAAGAGGCACCUAUGAAUGUGGGAUUUGCCGCUGUAAUGAGGGGCGCAUUGGUCAGAAGUGUGAGUGCAGCACAGACGAGGUGCGGACGGAAGACCUGGACGCCAGCUGCCGCAUGGAGAACGGCACGGACAUCUGCAGCAACAACGGCGACUGUGUGUGCGGCACGUGCGAGUGCAAGAAGAGGGAGAACCCUGAGGAGCGCUACAGCGGCAAAUACUGCGAGUGUGACAACUUCAACUGCGACCGCUCCAACAACAAGCUCUGCGGAGGCCACGGGCGCUGUGAAUGUCGCGUCUGCUUCUGUGAUGCUAACUACACGGGCAGCGCUUGCGACUGCUCUCUGGACACCUCCACCUGUCUGGCCAAGAACAAGCAGAUCUGUAACGGCCGCGGCACCUGUGAGUGUGGAGUGUGUAAGUGCACUGACCCCAAGUACCAAGGACGCACCUGUGAAGUGUGUCCCACCUGUCCGGGCGUGUGUACAGAGCACAAGGAGUGUGUGCAGUGCCGUGCCUUCGGUACAGGUGAGAAGAAGGAGACGUGUGAGCGUGACUGCAUGUAUUUCCACCUGGAGAAGGUGAAGAGCCGUGCUGAUCUCCCACAGCCUGGGUCUGCGCCUCUCAUCUCCCACUGCAAAGAGCGCGAUGCCAACGACUGCUGGUUCUACUUCACCUACACCAGCAAGGACGACGGCACCAAGGCCGUCCACGUGGUGGAGACGGCAGGCGCCGGAAUAUUGGAGCCUUGGAGAUGCUGGACUGAUGAGGUGGGCGGGGUCGCCAGGUCCGCGGUGCUCCGGAUUCCAGCAGUCUUUCUCUUGAUUUUGAAUGUGCUGAAGUCAGAUGGCCAGACAUGUCCAUGUUCAGAUGGCGAUUUUGAAGGGAAGAGUCCAUACGGCAUAGAUUACAGGCACUGACACACACACACGUCACACACACACACACACAUAUACAACCUAUACAGAAAAAAUAUAUUGAAAUGUGUAAAUGUCACAAAUGUAUUUGUUGGGGCCAAUUUCAAAUAUUUACAUAUAUUUAAAAAUAUAUUGUGAACAUAUAUUUCAAAUAUUUUUGUUGAAUAUGGGAAACUUCAGCACACACACACACAUGAACACGCACAUCAGCAUCAGCACACACACAU